AUGAAGCCCAAUAGCUUGAAAGAGAGGCUCAAGUCAUCUCGGACUGAGAUUAGUGAAAUGGGUGACAAGAACAAACGACGACUGAAAAAAUACCUUCAGGCAACUGGAAACUUGUUGUUUCAACGAUCCGAACGCAGCUUGUUGACACUUCGAGAGCAGCAUCAAGAUCAUGCCGCUCGAGAGAGUGAGGAACACCGAGUGUUGCGUACCACUGUCAUUGUCGAACAAACCCCUGAACCAGGAACAGACUUGGAGGAGGAGGGAAUGGAGACAUCAUCUGAAAAUGCUGAUAGCAAUUCCAUGGCAUCCACCAAAAUGAAACGAAAACGGGGCAUGCUCAACAAAUGGGUCUCCAAAAUGAUGGCCUCCAAUGACAAAGCAUCACCGCCACCACCACCACUGGAACAAGACGACGACGAAGACAUCCAAUUUGAGGGGUGCACAUUGCACAUUGCUUCUCUGCGCAGCACGUCUCCACUCGUGGAUCGAAAACGAUCGGAUGGAACCGUGGACACUUCUACGAAUUCGGAAAAGUGUGAAACUUUCGACGACGACGAUACCACGAAAAUGAUGGUCGUUUCGGGUCAACGAGACUGUGCCGAUACCGUGGAUGCCAGUACGGUUGUGGUCAGCAACAAAAGCAAUCCCGUGACUCGGAUUCUUUGCAGCAUGUCCGAAGAAACUACGGUGCGAGAAAUCAAUGCCUGGCGCAAUGCGGCCUGUGACUUGUUGCUGUUGUAA